GCAGCUUGAAGGACACAGCCAGUCAAAGGGGAGGAGGGUUCAUGCACCUUCCUCUCCCCACGUCGCAUCAGCACAGGGGAGGCUCCGUAGCACGCUCACAAGUCUCCAAUCCAAGAAUCCCAAGUUGCAGCAGCCAGAGGGACAGGCCGUUGUCUCAGACUCUCAGCACCCACAUGUGCCUGGUUGAAUCAUGGAGAUGCACUGUAUUCCUACUGAGACCCCCACCACAGCCAGCUCCUGCUCCACGGAGCCCCUGUACGACAACUGCCUACCUUUUGCCCAGCGAGGGAGGGCGAGGGGAAAAGAAAUGGAGAGUACGGUUGUGUGCCCGGCUGUAACCAGACUCCCAGAACCCUGUCGCUCUCUGCCUGGUCUGGCCCCAGUUGUAAAUGAAGUUCCCACUGUGGUCGGUGGGGGAAGAGGGACUGGCGCCUGGCCAGAUGAGAGCUACUGCAGCUGGAGAGGAGGCCUGGGAAGACGGGCCUGGGAAGCGGAGCUGGCUCCAUGCAUAAUAAACAAAGUACGAGGAGGGAGAGCAGGAGAAUGGGAAGGUCGCUGGGGAGCCGAGGACAGAGCUCAUCUGGACCAGAGCGAGGAGCACCGGAGCGCUCUCUCUCUGUACGACAACCUCCCCGACGCCGCGACUCCCGACAGCCUCCAAGAGGCCUACGACAUGGAAACAAGCAUCCAGGAGCCCUGGCAGGGGCAGAUGUGCCAAGCAUGGGCCCCUGAGCAGAUCUGGGGAUUGACGGACAGCGAGGGAGCGGGUGAAGACGAGAGCACCAGAAUCCAGGAGCAGAACCCAGACAACGACAAGAAGCGUGAACAGGACCCAGAGCUGCACUCAGGAGCCUCUGGAUUUAGGCAGAGGGAUCGCCUCCUGCUCCCGACGUCACCUCCCCAACAACAUGUCACGGCAAGUUCCCCUCAACCGUCCCACACUGAGUGCAAUGUUCUGUGGCCCCCAGCUCACGAUCAGCACCCAGAGUCGCCAUCCUGGCCCCCCAGGGUGCCCCCUCCUGUGCCCCUGGCAGACCCCUCUGCCAGGGCCCUUCGCAGCCUCCUCACCAGCUUCCAACAGCAAAUAGUCAGACAGAGGGAGGAGUACGAGGCACGAAUACUCAACCUAGAGCAACGGAAUGCAGAGCUGCAGGUGGAGGUCCUUCGGUUGAAAGCCAGCCUCACACAGCAGCAGCACCGGUACCAGGCUGUCCAGAAUAAGAUUACAGAGUCUGAAAGGACCCGGGCCGCCGCAGAACUACGCAAUGCAACUCUGCAGAAGGAGAUGGAGCAGUUCUUUGAACCCUUCGGAGAGCUCAACAAUGAGGCCAAGAAGACGGAGUGCAUUGUCAAGAGCUUUUGAGAAAAGUAGACAUGAAGUGUGUGUGUGUGAUGACAUGAACUGUGUGCAGAGAGAAGGACAAAAAGCACAAGACUGAUUAGUCUUUAAACUCCAGUUAGGAUAAUGGAUACAAAUAUUUCCCGUGAUGUACAGUUAUUUUUUCUGUAAGAAUCUGAGAAACAUGCAAAACAUCUCUGAAAGAAAACGUAUCACCGAUGUCCACUUUAUUAGUUACGUAAGGGCAAAAGAUGUUGGCCAUCUCUGAAAAUAAAAGGAGGAAUAAACUGAACUAAAAUGUGA